AUGGUGCAAGCGAUCCCCGAAAUAAGCAGGCAAUGGAAGGUUGUCGGUGAAAAUGGAUUAGAUUCUCUACAGUUUUCGGAUGAGAAGUCUCCAGAGGUCGGCGAUAGCCAGGUUCUAGUCAAAAUCCAAGGCGCCACCUUGAACUACCGAGAUGUCACAAUUACUGAGGGCACAUACCCUUGGGACGUCAAACCGGACGUUGUCCCAGGGUCUGACGGCGCAGGCACAGUACUAGCUGUCGGAAAGCACGUUACCCGAUUCAAACCAGGCGAUGAAGUGGUUACGGCGCUAGCUCAGAGAUACAUCGCAGGUCCACUUAGCGACGACCUUCCAGAGUCUGGACUUGGUGCCGUACUCGAUGGCACUUUUCGCACCAUCGGGGUCUUCAGCGAGCAGGGUCUCGUCCCGCUGCCUCGAGGCUUGAGCUUCAUUGAAGGCGCAGCCCUGACUUGUGCUGGCGUUACUGCUUGGAACGCCCUCUUUGGACUACCCGGCAGGCAAGUCUCGGCCGGGCAAUGGGUUCUCACGCAGGGUACGGGCGGAGUAAGCAUCUUUGCCAUUCAAUUCGCCAAAGCCGUCGGAGCGAGUGUCAUUGCCACCACUAGCUCUGCCGAGAAGGCCAAACUUCUUGAGAGGCUCGGUGUUGACCAUGUCAUCAACUAUCUUGAGACGGUCGAUUGGGGAAAAGAGGCCAAAAGGUUGACCGGAGGCGUUGGCGUGGAUUUGGUCGUCGAAGUUGCGGGACCAACGACUCUAAGACAAAGUCUUGUCAGCUGCAGACUAGACGGAACUAUCAUCACCACGGGGUUUGCUGGCGGUAACCCGUCUGAGCACGACAUGCCAACGUUUUUGGAUUCGUGGCUGAGCCUAGUUACGGUUCGAGGAGUUUGGUGUGGCAGUCGGCUACAGCUUGAAGAGAUGUCUCGAGCCAUCGAGGCCGACGUAGACAGGUUGCGCCCUGUCAUUGAUCCCAAGGUCUUCAAUCUGGAACAACUAAAAGAGGCGUACGAGUAUCUGCGGUCAGGAAAACACCAAGGAAAAGUUGGCAUUGAGAUCAAUUGA